AGCGCACCGAGGACGCAGCAGGACCGCACGCUGGUGGAAUUUGAUCUUUUUUUUUUUGUUUUGGGGGGGGUGAUUUUUUUGUUUGUUUGUUUGGGUUUUUUCCUCUUUAAAUCGGCGUUCCGGAGCCGUCCGUCGCACAGGCAGACUCUCGCAUGAACAGCGGACGUGGACGUGGGGGAACCCAAAGGGGAGAGUGAACCGAGGCGUCCCAAAACACCGCAUCAUCCGCCGCUCCGAGGAAACUGUACGGAAGCCCACGGCAUCACCCCACGCGGCCCUCGGGAUCGUCUUACCUUGAGGAUCUGUGUGUUUUCGCUCCUUGGGGAUAUACAAACAACCAUGAGCCAGGCGGACGUGUCCACAUGCUCGGCCCCGCAGAGGGUGUUCCAGGAGGCGGUGAAGAAGGGCAACACCAAGGAGCUGCACUCGCUGCUUCAGAACAUGACGAACUGCGAGUUCAACGUCAACUCGUUCGGACCCGAGGGCCAGACGGCGUUGCACCAGUCCGUCAUCGACGGCAACCUGGAGCUCGUCAAGCUGCUGGUCAAGUUCGGCGCGGACAUCCGGCUCGCCAACCGGGAAGGCUGGAGCGCCUUGCACAUCGCCGCCUUCGGGGGCCACCAGGACAUCGUGCUAUACCUCAUCACCAAGGCCAAGUACUCCUCUGGGGCCCGGUGAUCGCUCUCUCCCAGCCUCCCUUCCUUCUUCCUUCUCUCUUCCUCUCUCUGCUGUGUGUCAGGUAAAAAAAAAAAAAAAUGGCAACAACAACAAAAAUACUUUCCUCUCCAUUGUCUUGUUCAUGUGCCAAACAUCAAUUGGGCUGCAUUGGAAUCUUUCAAUAACACACACUUGGUUUGUUGGUACUAAAGCAGGGGUGGGGGACAGUUUUGCUAUCAGUCCUCCUGGCGCUUUCUUAAAUUGAUGACGAUGAAAUUAUCAUUGGAUAUGCUUCGAAUGCUCAUGGCGGGCUGCUAAAGGGUCCGCAAGCUGUAGGUUGCCCACCCCUGUCCUAAAAGCUUUCCUCUUGAAUGUGUCUACUAUAGAUGGUGCGUUCCACUCAUUGUUUCAAUCCCCCCCAGCUCCCCACCCAUCUUCAAUAAUGCUCAUUAUUGUCCACUAAAAUAACAAUUUUAACGUUAAAGUGAAUUUGGUGCACUUGAUGCUGGAAUAUUUGAAAGGGAAAACACGCAAAGCAAGUGAACACGGAUAUAUAGCUAUAUAUUUGUUUUGAACUCAAAGAAUGGCAUUAUGGCUAUCUGACUCUUUUUUUUUUUAACCAUCAUGAUUUUACAACAAAUGGCUUCAUUGUGGUUGUGAAGUACUGUAAACCAUAGCUUUACAUUGUUUCUGUCAUUGUUUAGAGAUACAAAACAUUCAAUCUGCCAUCAUCCACGCCGGCGUUCAACUAUUUCAAGCCAAUGGUUGUGUUGUUACUUUAGAGCAAAAAAAAAAAAAAAACAGCUGCUUUUUUUUAAGAAAAUUGAAAAAAAAAUUGGAAUCACUUUAUAAACUCGUUUCAGUAUUCUACUAAUAUCCUCACUGUGAAAGCAGGCUGUUUUUUUUUUUUACAUUUUUGUAUUUAUGAAGGUACAUUUUGAUUGAAAAUGAGAAAAAAUAUUCUGAGAGUGACUAGAAAGCUGCUUCAUUUAAAAAAAAAAAAAAAAAAGAACUGUCCCAUGUGGAGGUAUCCCCUUUGCGUGUGCCCCCUUUUCCCUAAUCCCCCUCCUCCUCCUCUCCCAGCCCUCCCAUCAGGAUUGGUUGCCUUUUGCCAGCUACCUCGACUUUUAAAGUAUUCUCAUGUUUUGCUUAUGCCAGUAUGUUUUGUGUUUUUGCCCUCUUCCAUUCUCCCCCCCCCCCAAAAAAAAAAAGAUCCUGCAUCCUCAUUUGGGACAGUUUAUUUGACACGACAACCAAACCAGUUCAGACAAGCUAAAAGCAUCAGUGUGCCUUUCUGCGAUCUCUCUCUCUCUCUUAUUUUUUUUUUCUCGAUGGGGUUUCGGGGUUUGUUUUCAGUCAAGACAACAAGUGGAAUGGCUUCUUAAUGCAGGGAGUUUGAAUUGCACAAUUCCGCAGAGCCUUGAGCACCUCUUGGCUUUGGAUGGCAUAGUUACUACUACUGACUUUUUAAACAACAAAAACACAAAUAUUGAAUAUCACACCACGUCGCAUUGGCAGGACUCACAAAGAAAUUCCUUUAAGUUGCCUGCGGCAUUUAAAAAACAAAAAUCAGAAAAAAAGUCAUGGCACCCUAACAAUUUGAAUAAAUGCUGCUUAUAUUUUGUCAUAGUUCUUUUUUUUUCUUUUCAAAGGCUUCACAGCAGCUUCGUGGCAAGGGUGUGUGUUCUUUGAAAGUGUGUGCUUCUCACGAGGCCCAGAAUAAAACACACACAUGCGCACACGCAAAAAAAAAAAACCAAGCACCAGGAAACUGAAGCGAUCGGAUUGGUAUCAGGCAACACAUGAAAUAUGCAUCGCUUGUCUUAAACUUGACGUUUCUUUUGUUUUUUUAAUUAUUAUUAUUUGGUUUCAAUAUUGCACUGAUGACUGUUGUUGAAGUUGGCUUUUUAAUUUGCCAACAUUUAAGAAUUUUUUUCUGGAUAGAAAAAAAAAAUCAAACACAGCAAAAAUACUAUUGUAUAAAUAUGUGCUCCAGGUGGUAAAUGUGCAUGCGUGUUACUUGGUGGGAACGUGUUUUUCCAGCAAAGAAUUGUUUGUGAGUGUGUGUGCCAACGCUGAUGAUGAUGAUGAUAAAACUUGGGGCACUUUCUUUUCUGAAGGGCUGUCUUCCUGUUUUUUUAUGAAAGGGGAAUAAUACAUUUGAUGGUAAGAUCAUUGUAACAUGAUUAAAAAUUGCACGGUUGUGUGGUUGUCGGGCUUAUCAGGGUCAUAACAUUUAUGACGUAAUGGGCUAGCCACUGGAGUGGUGUACAUGAUAUGUGUUGUUCUUUUUUUUGUUUUAACGUGAAGAAAAGUGCUGAGUUUUUUCUUUUUUAUUUUUGGAGGGGGGAAACAAGUUGUGUUUCCGUAUUUUUUGCUUAAUUUCAAGCAAGAGAAAACUGCCGAGUUUCCUUUUUCAGAAUUUUAUUUUGAAUGUUUGUAACACUGUGAUGAUGACGUGAUGUCACGUGGAGAUGAGUGCUGUAUUAUUUUUGUACGUUUGUGUACAAGCCAGUAAAGAAAAUAUUA